CCGACCAGGCCGACCGACUCCCCGCCCAGCUCAUCCAAGCCAUGUCCGACCACCAGAAGCGGGGUAGAUCUGACGAUAGCAGCCGUCCAAGAUCAAAUGCACAACACAAGCCCGACAACAAUAGCGACAACACCUCUACGGGCCCUGACAAUGAGAACCAGAAUAGCCAAUCUUUAGCGUCGCGCAUUCAGAAUUCAGCUUCGGGACUUGCCCGGAAUGCAUUCCUCUCGUCUGCUCCCUCCGGAGAUACUGCACAUCUGCUGUCAGACAGUAGUAAGGCUACACCAUCUUCCUCCUCAUCAGCCUUAGCAGCUGCAGAACAUUACGGAGAAACAAUCGGUCCAUCCUCAUCCUCGUCACAAAAUCAGUCUUUCCAUCGACCCACGGAAACCUUCAGGUCAUCUUCCACGGCGCGAUCCGGAGGGUUUGAGAUACCUGCACUUACGGAAGAUGAAUUCCAGAAUACAUACGGUGGAGACCUGUCUGGUACGAUUGAUGGUUUUGAGACAGGCAAGGGGAAGGGCAAAGGAAGAGGGCUGAAUUUGGGGCCUGAUUUUACAAGCUACCAUGAUGACACAACGGUGACACCGACCCUAGUUCCAUCUGACGGCGAGGCCGUAGUCUCGAUUCUUAGCGAUCAAGCCUUCGAUCCGGAUUUCCCUCCCACUGCGAACGAGCCUCCAGAAUACCUUGAAACAGAACUAUUACCCUCCCACCUUACCCCAGAUGAGGUCCAAAUGAUCGAGUCGUUCCGACGCCAGUUACCCGAGUCAACAGGACCCCAGAAAAAUACCGACCAACCUCACCAACUUAAUUCCCUCAGCCUCGUCCCGGAUAUUGGGUCAUUCCUAGAUACAAUUCCUGCGACCUCACCGACAGAUCCGAGUACGAGCCAGGCGACGUCCCUCCGGGACACGGUCUUGACAAGCCUCCCUGGCGCCGCGGACUGGAUCUCUGUGGAGGAAAAAUACCACGACGAAGUCUGGGGUUACUUACGACCUACAUUGGAGGCGGCCGCCAAGGAGAUAGAGUCCAACAAAGAUACUCCCAGCACCGAAGACGGGCCCGCUGUUCGACGACUGAAGAUGAUUUUGAGCCAUAUGCAGCAUUGAUACCUAACUCAUCAACGUAACUUAUGUCUGCUUAUGUCCUUUGUGACCACUAGUGCUAUGUAUACCAUACCCCGUGUAAGUGAAAAUAGAUUAUAUGUACCAUUUAUAUGAACAUCAU